AUGAUUUACAACUUUUUCAUUAUAAACAGUUCAGGAUCUAUGGUUUAUAAUUAUCAAAAAGACACCAAAUUAACAACAAAUCAGCUUUUAAUUCUCUGUGGUACACUUCACUCGUUAGGAUGUAUGAUACAAGAGAUAAAUAAUAAGAGUAGUCAUGUAUUCUAUUUUAAUUAUACAACAAAAAUAAUUACAUUUUAUAAAACGGCAACAGAUCUCUCUUUUAUUAUUAUUUCUGAUAAAAAACAAGCAGAAAUAAUUAACAAAAUACAUAAAGAUUUUUGUAAGUACAUAAUGUUAAAUCCUUUCUACAUAUUAGACAUGCCAAUACAUUGUAAAAAAUUUGAUCCUACAAAAUAUUUUAAUUCAAAUUAA